ACUCUGCUUACCAUGCAGGUGCUCUCAUGAUCGUCUUGCUGUAGGAAUUCCGGGCCGGUGGCGCGCCAAGAUGCCGAAGUUUAACCACAACACUCCCACCUUCAGUUGAUCCUGGCGACGAUCUUUAUAAUGACAAGCUUUCGUCCAAGUGGGCGAGACGUGCGGACUAUGAACCAAAUAUAUUCGGUUCUUAUUUCUUGUUCUAAGCAAAGCGACUGAGAUCAAGUGCGAACAGUACACCUCAUCUUUAUCAUCGUUUUAUAGCCAAUGUUGCAUCAUGUCCUCUUUACAGAAAACCGAGCACAAUGUCAAAUCAAACGACAUCAAGGCCUCACAAGAACCCAUCGAGUUACAAGUUCGAAACCUUGCCAUUGAGGGCGUUACCGAAGAACCAACAUCUCCAACAAAUAUCACAGAUGCGGAGAACAUAUCACCUCCUCUCCCGCUCCUCAAGCUCCUCAGCUCAGGAGUAUCCUUUCUCGUCGCCGGCAUCAACGAUGGCUCACUCGGCGCCCUGAUCCCGUACAUGCUCUCCACCUACCACAUCUCAACUUCCAUGAUCUCACUCAUAUACUUCACGACCUUCCUCGGCUGGCUUGUCUGCGCACUCACCAAUACACAUCUCACCAAGCUUUUCCCACUCGGUACUCUCCUUGCAAUUGGCGCUUUGAUCCAGGUCAUACCUCACACCUUACGAGCGUGGACUCCGCCUUUCGCGUUGUAUGUCGUCACAUUCUUCAUGUCUGGCCUCGGCCAGGCGUACCAAGAUUCGCACGCAAACACCUUCGUGUCGACCGUCAAGGGAGCGCAUCGAUGGUUGGGAUUCAUUCACGCUUGUUACGGGUUGGGGUUGUUAAUCAGUCCUUUUGUCGCUACAUCUAUUGCGGUAAAGACCCAGCACGAGAACGGAAAAUGGAUGCUCUUCUACCUCUUUCCACUUGGAUUGAGCGUCACGAACCUGGCCUUGGUUCUAGUGGCCUUUCGCGACUCCGUCCACUUGUCGCAAAUUAUCGACCAAGAAGGGUUAUCAGAUCCCGAGAGAGAAGGCAGGAGCAGAGCCGCUGCAUCGGAAGUCAAACAAAUGCUCAAGAUCCGCGAUCUCUGGGUGUUUUGUCUGUUCUUCUUCUUCUAUCUCGGUGUUUGCACUACAUCUGGCGGCUGGAUUGUCGAAUUUCUCGUCCGUGUCCGACAUGGUGAGCUCUCGGAGAUGGGAUAUGUGCCGUCUGGUUCUUACGGUGGCAUUUUCCUUGGGAGACUUCUGCUUGCGGAACCGACCCAUCGAUACGGAGAAAGAAGGAUGCUUUUGCUUUAUGCUGGCAUAUGUUUUGCGCUGCAAUUGGUGUUCUGGCUCGUGCCGAACCUGAUUUCGAGUAUUGCGAUGUUUAGCAUUAUGGGGUUCUUCCUGGGGCCUUUCUUUGCUGCUGGUGUCUCUGUAGCUUCGAAAAUAUUCCCGAAGCACCUUCAACCUGCGGCUCUAGGAAUGAUCUUUGUUAUGGCUCAAGCGGGUGGAGCGAUCUUUCCCUCGUUGAUCGGAGUUAUCGCUUCUCACGCUGGCGUCAAAGUCUUGCCUCCGAUUGUUGCAGGCCUUAUUGUUGUGAUGAGUGUCACGUGGGCAUUUGUUCCAAAAGUUGAUGAGCAUAGAGAAUAA